UUGACAUAAUCAAUGAAGUUUACUGAACAUUCGUAGCUAUAGAUCAAUAUAUCAAACAGAUAUUUGUAUAAUUAUAAAUCGAGUAUAAUACAGAGAUGUCUGUGGCGUCGUCUGACUCCGGUGCGGAGUAUCACACGUUCUCAGAACGAACGCUGGCGAUCAUCAAGCCGGAGGCCUUUGAUGACGCUGAUGCUAUCGAGGACCAUAUAGUCGAUAACGGGUUCAUGAUUCUUGCUCGCCGCAAAGUCAAACUGACACCAGAGCAAGCCGCGGAGUUGUACCGCGGGCACUAUGGAAGACAUCACUUCCCUCACUUGGUCGCUCACAUGUCUAGUGGACCUAUUAUAGCUCUGGUAUUGGCGGCACAGAACUGCAUUCACAAGUGGAGGGUGUUAAUGGGACCUGCUAGAGUGGUCGAAGCGCAGGCCUAUUGGCCGGACAGUCUGCGGGCUUGUUACGGACGUCGCACUAAAUACGGGGACUACUUCAACGCUCUUCACGGAAGCGAAAACUACGGGGAGGCGAUACGGGAAAUACAUUUCUUCUUUCCCGAAAUGAUCGUGGGUCCGCUGCUCCGUCAGUGGCAGGUAGGUGACUAUAUCCUGAAGUACAUAUCCCCGACCCUCGCCCCGGCCCUGACCACGCUCGCCCACGACCGGCCCGCGGAACCCUUGUUGUGGCUGGCCGACUACCUGCGGAGACACAACCCCAACCAGCCGGAACUGGCGCCGCAACCGACUGACAUGAGGGAAGAGAGGAAAUGCCAAACGCCCACGCCGUCAGAAGUCACACCAGACAAAUGAAUCUCAUGACAGUAACGAAGCAAGAUGAUUAAAAUAAUGCAGAAAAAUUUCAAUAUAUAUUUAUAUUUCUA